CACGUGCCCUGAGGGAUACAUAUGUUUGAAGGCUGGGGAAAAUCCUGACCACGGUUACACAAGCUUUGAUACCUUUGGCUGGGCCUUUCUCUCUUUGUUCCGUCUUAUGACUCAAGAUUGUUGGGAACGUCUUUAUCAACAGACUCUCAGAUCUGCUGGGAAGAUCUACAUGCUUUUUUUUAUGCUUGUCAUCUUUCUGGGCUCAUUUUAUCUGGUCAACCUGAUUCUGGCUGUUGUGGCCAUGGCGUAUGAAGAGCAGAACCAAGCCACUAUUGCUGAAUCAGAGGAGAAGGAAAGAAAGUUUCGGGAAGCCAUGGAGAUGUUAAGGAAAGAGCAGGAGGCAUUGGCUGCUAAAGGAAUUGAUUCAGUGUCACUUAGUUCCUUGGAAAUGUCACCUUUAGCAUCCAAAAAUGCCAAGGAAAGAAGAAACAAGCGAAAGAAAAAGAAAUCUUUGGGUGCAGAAGAGUAUGGGGAAGACCAAAGGAAUCCCAAGUGCGACUACGAUGAUGGUCAGAGGAGAAUGACUCUCCUUGGCAUUAGUUAUGGUCCCAGUGCAAACUUGGUGAAGCGCAGAACCAGCCACGGAAGCAUAUUCAGUUUCCGACUCCGUGGCAGAGACACUGGCUCCGAAACAGAUUUUGCCGAUGAUGAGAUCAGCACUGCUGGGGAAAAUGAAAGCCACCGGGGCUCUCUCUUAAUUCCAAGAUCUGGGAGGCGUCCAAGCGUGCAAAGUCAAGUGAGCCAUAGUUCUCACCCUACUACUCCCAACUACACCCAGACGGGCAAAAGGAACAGCUCAGUGGAUUGCAAUGGUGUGGUUUCCCUGAUAGGAGGAGGCAUCGGGGCACUCAACCCAGACCCUACUUCUCCUGCAGGGUUACUGCUCCCCCCAGUUAUUAUGGAAAAACCUGGGACAGGAGACCUGACCUCUCCCUCAGAUGAGGCAAGCAAGAAGCAGCUUUUAAUGCCCCACUGCCCAUCGGUGGACCACUCAGACGAACCCUUUCAGAGGCAGAGGGCAGUGAGCGCUGUCAGCAUCAUCACCAGUGCCCUGGAAGAGCUUGAGGAAUCACACCAGAAGUGUCCUCCUUGCUGGAACCACUUUGCUGUUAAAUUUCUCAUUUGGGAUUGCUGCCCACUUUGGCUUUUAAUCAAGAAAUUCGUCAAGUUCGUGGUAAUGGACCCAUUUACCGACCUCACCAUCACCCUUUGCAUUGUGCUGAACACGCUCUUCAUGGCCUUGGAGCAUUACAAAAUGACAAAAGAGUUUGACCACAUGCUUUACAUAGGCAAUUUGGUCUUCACUGGGAUUUUUACAGCAGAAAUGAUCUUCAAAGUAAUUGCCCUUGACCCCUACUACUAUUUUCAGCAGGGCUGGAAUAUUUUUGACAGCAUAAUUGUUAUUCUAAGCCUGAUGGAACUGGGUUUGUCCAGCAUGGGAAACCUGUCUGUUUUACGCUCCUUUCGACUGCUGCGAGUCUUCAAAUUGGCAAAGUCCUGGCCGACCUUAAAUACGCUUAUUAAAAUCAUCGGUAAUUCAGUGGGUGCCCUCGGUAACCUCACUCUUGUGCUGGCAAUCAUCGUCUUUAUUUUUGCCGUGGUAGGAAUGCAGCUUUUUGGGAAAAGCUACCUGGACAAUGUGAAGAAGAUAAGCACAACUGGCAAUUUGCCACGGUGGCACAUGAACGAUUUCUUCCACUCAUUCCUCAUCAUCUUCCGAAUUUUGUGUGGGGAGUGGAUUGAGACGAUGUGGGACUGCAUGGAAGUAGCUGGGCAGCCGCUGUGCCUUCUCGUCUUCUUGUUGGUCAUGGUGAUAGGAAACCUGGUGGUGCUCAACCUCUUCCUUGCCUUGCUGCUAAGCUCUUUCAGUGCUGACAACCUCUCAGCACCAGACGAGGACGGGGAGAUGAACAACCUGCAGCUUGCUUUUGCUCGGAUCAACAGAGGUCUUCAGUAUGUGAAACGCACGACAUGGGAUUUUUGCUGCAAUGUUCUCCGGCACCCCAAGACGACGGCUGAGAAGAAGGCAAUGAUGAAGCUUGCUGCCCAGAAUACAGGUGCCCUUAACAAUUGCGUGAACAGUCACACAACUGCUGAGCUUGGCAAAGACAUGGAGAAUCACAAAGAGAACCACACUGAGGAUGUAAUGAAUAAAAAUGGGGAGAAACACCUACGAAUUACAGACAAUGAUGAUUUUAUGACCAAUCCUGACCUGUCCAUUUGUGUUCCUAUCGCUGUGGGAGAGUCAGAUAUCGAGGAGGAAGAUGAGGAGCAGAGCACCUAUACAGAAAUGGAGCAGUCUCCUGAGAGACUUGAUGAAAUCAGUCUUUCUGAAGGCAGCACAGUGGAUUUGACAAAUCCUGCAGAACUGCUGGAACAGAUCCCCGAGUUUGCUGAGGAGCUGAUGGAGCCUGAAGAUUGCUUCCCUGAAGUUUGUGUGCGCUUCUUCCCAUGCUGUUCAGUGGACAUCACAAAAUUUCCAGGCAAAAUUUGGUGGAGGCUGAGGAAAACCUGCUACAGAAUCGUCGAACACAACUGGUUUGAAACUUUCAUCAUAUUCAUGAUCCUGCUGAGCAGUGGAGCCCUGGCUUUUGAAGAUAUUUACCUUGAAGAUCGAAAAAACAUAAAAACCAUGCUGGAAUAUGCUGACAAAAUAUUCACUUACAUCUUUGUCUUGGAAAUGCUCCUGAAAUGGGUGGCCUAUGGUUUCAAGAAAUAUUUCACCAAUGCCUGGUGCUGGCUUGACUUCCUUAUUGUAGAUGUCUCUUUAAUAAGCCUCAUCGCCAAUACACUUGGAUACUCUGAAAUGGGUCCCAUUAAAUCCCUCAGGACCCUUCGAGCUCUGCGACCGUUAAGAGCAUUGUCACGGUUCGAAGGGAUGAGGGUGGUGGUCAAUGCCCUCGUGGGAGCCAUCCCUUCCAUCAUGAAUGUUCUACUUGUCUGCCUCAUCUUCUGGCUUAUCUUUAGCAUCAUGGGAGUGAACCUGUUUGCUGGGAAGUUUGGGAAGUGCAUUAAUAAGACAGAAGGAGAUAUGCCUUUAGACUCUAAAAUUAUUAACAACAUGAGUGACUGCAUUCUCUAUAAUGUGUCAGGCACGUUUUACUGGACAAAAGUCAAAGUUAACUUCGAUAAUGUUGGUGCUGGGUACCUGGCUCUGCUACAAGUGGCCACAUUUAAAGGUUGGAUGGAUAUUAUGUAUGCAGCAGUGGAUUCACGAGAGUGUGAGGAGCAGCCUGAAUGGGAAUAUAAUUUAUACAUGUACCUGUACUUUGUGAUUUUCAUCAUCUUCGGGUCUUUCUUCACAUUGAACCUCUUCAUUGGUGUCAUCAUUGACAAUUUUAACCAACAAAAGAAAAAGAUAAGCGGCCAGGACAUCUUUAUGACAGAAGAACAGAAAAAGUAUUAUAAUGCAAUGAAAAAGCUGGGAUCUAAGAAACCUCAAAAGCCAAUUCCAAGGCCACUGAACAAAUACCAAGGUUUUAUUUUUGAUGUCGUCUCAAAACAAGCCUUUGAUGUCUCCAUUAUGAUUCUCAUCUGCCUUAACAUGAUUACCAUGAUGGUGGAAACGGAUGACCAAAGUCAAGAAAAAGUGAACAUCCUCCAUAAAAUCAACAUGCUUUUUGUUGCCAUCUUCACUGGGGAGUGCAUCAUCAAAAUGCUGGCUCUGCGACACUACUACUUCACCAAUGGCUGGAACAUAUUUGACUUUGUUGUUGUGAUUCUGUCUAUCGUAGGCACUGUACUUUCUGACAUCAUCCAGAAAUAUUUCUUCUCUCCCACACUCUUCAGAGUCAUUCGCUUGGCUCGGAUUGGCCGGAUCCUAAGACUCAUCCGGGGAGCCAAAGGAAUUCGAACUCUCCUGUUUGCCUUAAUGAUGUCCCUACCCGCUUUGUUCAACAUCGGCCUCUUGCUUUUUCUGGUCAUGUUCAUUUAUGCCAUUUUUGGCAUGGCUAACUUUGCCUACGUGAAGAAGGAGCAUGGGAUUGAUGACAUGUUCAACUUCCAAACCUUUGCUAACAGCAUGCUCUGUCUUUUCCAAAUCACAACAUCAGCUGGCUGGGAUGGUCUUCUCAACCCUAUUUUAAACACCGGACCACCGUAUUGCGACCCAAACCUUCCGAAUGCAAAUGGUUCAAAGGGAGACUGCGGAAGCCCUGCCGUAGGGAUUUUAUUCUUUGUUACUUAUAUCAUUAUAUCAUUUCUCAUUGUUGUAAACAUGUAUAUAGCCAUUAUUUUAGAGAAUUUCAGUGUAGCCACUGAGGAAAGUACAGAGCCUCUAAGCGAGGAUGAUUUUGAUAUGUUCUACGAAAUCUGGGAGAAGUUUGACCCUGAAGCCACUCAGUUUAUUGAGUAUUCUGCACUUUCAGACUUUGCAGAUGCGCUGUCAGAACCUUUGCGCAUAGCAAAACCAAACAAAAUCAAACUCAUAGCGAUGGACCUGCCCAUGGUCAGUGGAGAUAGGAUCCAUUGCUUGGAUAUUUUGUUUGCUUUUACAAAGAGGGUGCUAGGAGAAUCCGGAGAGAUGGAUGCCCUUAAAAUACAGAUGGAAGAAAAGUUCAUGGCGGCGAAUCCAUCUAAGAUCUCAUAUGAACCCAUUACAACAACUCUCAGGCGGAAACAAGAAGAGGUCUCUGCCAUCGUCAUCCAGCGAGCCUACAGGAGACAUUUAUUUCGACGCUCCAUGAAGCAGGCGUCUUACUUGUACCGGCACAGAACUUUUGAUGGCAGCAUCCUUGAGGACGAUGCACCCGAGAAGGAGGGUCUUAUUGCUUUCAUGAUGAACGAAAACUACGGCAGGCCAAUAGACAAAUCAGAAACUCUGUCCUCCACGUCUUUCCCUCCGUCCUAUGACAGUGUCACCAGAGGUACGAGUGAUAAUCUCCAGCUGAAGAUGACAGACUCGAGCAAAAGUGAUGAGGCUAUAGAUUGUCUUCUCUCGCCAGACAAGGAUAAAGAAUCAAUUGUUUAA